AUGCCGUCUUUCAUCGACGGCUCCACUUUCCGGGCGCUGCUCCGGCCGUCCACCAAUGGGCGCCGGACGACCAAGAUCUCCGACAGCGGCGGCGGAGGCGGCAUCUUCAAGAUGUUCAAGCUCAUGCCCAUGCUCUCGUCCGGCUGCAAGAUGGUGGCGCUGCUCGGCAAGCACAACAACCGGGCGCUGCUGGCCGACCACGCCACGACGGUGACGCUGUUCGGCCACCGCCGGGGCCGCGUGAGCCUGGCCAUCCACGAGGACACGCGCGCGCCGCCGCUGUUCCUCAUCGAGCUGCCCAUGCUGUCGAGCGCGCUGCACCGGGAGAUCUCGUCGGGGACCGUCAAGCUGGCGCUCGAGAGCGACACCCGCAGCGCGCGCCGCCGGCUCGUGGAGGAGUACGUCUGGGCCGUCUACUGCAACGGUCGCAACGCCGGGUACGCCAUCCGCAGGAAGGAGGCCUCCGACGACGAGCGCCACGUGCUGCGCCUGCUGCGCGGCGUGUCCAUGGGCGCCGGCGUGCUCCCGCCGCCGGCGGCAGGCCCCCCCGAGAAGGAGGGCGGCGGCGUGCCCGCGGGGGCGGGGCCCGACGGGGAGCUCACCUACGUGCGCGCCCGCGUCGAGCGCGUCGUCGGCUCCAAGGACUCGGAGGCCUUCUACAUGAUCAACCCCGAGGAGGGUGGAAACGGCGGCGAGAAUAAUGGGGGUGGUGGAGGAGGCGGCGCGCCGGAGCUGAGCAUUUUCCUAGUAAGGAUGAAAUGA